CUUUCCCGCCCAACCUCAUGAGCAACUUUGAAAACAAGGCGGCUUAAUUUACCUGCAGCGAGCACGUGCGCGGGAGCACGCGGAGAACACCGCGAGCCUCUGCUUCACCGUGACUGUGCGACCCUCCUUACAGAUGCCCGUGAACGCAGCAGACGCCGGCUACGGCAGCGUCCCGGGCAGCGGGCUGUUUGGUGGCGCUGGCUCCACGGAGACGUCCCCGCUGCUCGAACCGGACCCCGAGCCCGUCCAGCACUGGCAGCCCCUGAACAAGCAGCAGCUGGAGGCCGCCGCCGGGGGCCCCGGCUGGAGGAAGGCGCGCCAUUACCUGGUGCUACUGUUCUGGCUCGCAUGUAUCAUCAUCUUCUCCGUCGCCAUUGGGACCAUCGUGAUGAGCCCGCGGCCUUCUGCCACAUGUCUGCGGUGGUGGCAGAAGUCUUUGUUCUACCAGCUGCAGGCCGACCUGUACAUGGAGGCGCAGGCCCGGGGGCCACAGGGGGCCGGGGAGGUGAGUGAGCAGCUGGCUCACCUCAGAUCUUUGGGCAUAGGAGCUCUCAUCCUGGAAGGUGUGAUUCACAAAGGGAUGUCUAUUUCUAACCUCACGGAUGAACCCACUCAGAUUCAACAUCUGCUCACGGAGAGUAACAAAGCAAAUCUCAAAGUAGUAAUGGAUCUUUGUGAAGCAGAUCUGGAGCUUCAUGAAGGAGCGGGACACUUGGACGUACCGUCGAACCAUUCAACUCCUGUACAGGAUGCAUUGCGUUUCUGGUUGGGCCAAGGAGUAGCAGGUUUUCUUAUAUGUGACACAGAUGUGGCAUAUUCAGAGGAGGCUUUGCUUGAGUGGAGAGGCGUGCUUCAGGAAUUCAGCACUCUGGGGGAGGAGAGGAUUGUGAUGGUAAAGCAGACGUCAGAUGUUCCUCGCCCGCUGAACGUCUCCAGCCAGAGCAACGUUACUCUGGUGAACGUGGUUCUGCGCUCCAUUUUGCCGAACUCGCGCAGCCCUCCGUCCUUUCAGGAAGUGGCUGAAGCCAUAGAGAAACGGCUACAGAGAAAAGAGGAAGACGCAUGGCCCGGCUGGACUGUUGGAGGAGAAGCAUCUCAUGAGUUAAAGAGGUUACUGUUUGUGUUGCUGAUAACCAUGCCGGGCUCACCAGCAAUCCAACAUGAUGAAGACUUUGAAAGAUUUCAGAGAGAGUUGAUGAAGAAAAACUCAUCAAACAAAGGAAUUAUUAGGUCAUAUACAUACAAGGACAUGGACAAGACCAAGCGGGCAAAUGUCGCUCUUUUCAGCAUCCUCAGCCACUCCAAAGCCAUAGAGGAAGCUCUCAUGUACGGCAGCUUCACUUUCCUUCCCUUCGACGCCUCCUCAAACUCUUCUUCUAACUCCACCGUGUCCCCUCCUGCCUCAUCUCCUCCUCUUCUGGCCUUUUUGCGCUCUUGGGGUUGCGUACACUUCCUUGUCCUGCUCAACGUUGGAGCUGAGCCUCACUUUCUGAACCCCGCAUGGGCUCCGAACCUGCCCGAGUCCGGCGUGUUUGUGGCCAGCUCACGGAUGAACCGCUUUGGGACCACGUCUCUGCACUCGGUGGAGGUUCAUCCUCAUGAAGCGGUUGUUCUGAAACUCUUUAAAGCAGGGAGGUACUCAUAAAUGUUAGCUGUUGGGUUUGGUAAGAGUUGAGGCCUGUGGUGUUUUUUUUUUUUGGAAGUUGAGGCUGAGUUUGUGGAAAUAAAAUACUGAUCAUGCAUGUAUUGCAUGAUUGUGUGUGCGCAA